AACAACUUUCGCGCACUGUGAUUGGUCAAAGCGUUGCAAACUCUUGGAGGCGCACUAUUGUGAAAUGCCCGUAUUGAACGGAGCCUAGAUGGACGACACACAUGGUGAUGCGACUUUGGCUACUUUUACUUGGUUCUAACACACCCGAGUUUGCCCAUUUAAACUUCAUCCCCAUACCUGCCACCAUAAUUAUCUUCUAUGUACAGUUUUAAAGAACUGGAAUCUUUUGUAGAAGCCGUCGGAGACUUUGUUACUAAUAGAAACCAGAAGUAGGUCAGAGAGCGAAAUCAAAGUCCUUGUCAGCGGUUUGGAAAAAAAACACUGGCCUCUAACUCGUGAAUUCUCACUCUUGAUGAAAAGUCAUUUACAAGCUCGUACGGAAGGGCAUGUCAGCAUAUUUGCUUUAAACGGUUGCAGUUAUGUAUAGUUUUUAAUUUGAAAAGCCACAGAUAGGAUAACGUCUCACAUUACGGUUCUACCCUCAUUUCAAUUAAAAAAUUGUAUUUGUGAUAUACAUGUUAAAAUUGAUGUCUCGAUUUCGACUUUUAAUAAUAUAACGAGGGGCCUGUUUCUAAUUUUGUAAUGGUAGCUAUACGCAAAUUGUAAAAUUUUAUUUAUGUCCUGCAUAUUCUUUGAUACUUUACGAUGCGAAAAUGGCACGAGUGGUCCGAUUUCAGAGGACAUGUAUCCAUAACAUUUUUGGCGCUCUUGCUCUUUCACAAGGGGGCUGUCGAGGUUUGGUUUCCUUCACUUAAUCACAAACAAACGGGUACAAGUCCACGCGGUCCACACGUCUUCCUUCAAGCGUGUAUUGAUAUGAUGUUUAGGAAAAUACAUCGGUGCUUAAUUACUUUAGCGUUUCAACAUGUGUUCCCUCCGUGUUGACCGGAGAGUGAUGGGUCUACAAGCAAACUUCUAUUGUUCGACUUGGAAAUAGUUGCCUGAUCGGUUGUAAGGUUAUCUCAGUGGUAAAUACGGUGGCUGGCUACGGUUGGCCAAAGUCCAAGUACCGAAAAUCCUUGCACGGUAUUGGGCAAUGGAUCACAGCCGGCACGCAAUACCGAAACCAAACAGCGCGGGGUCUGUUCCACGUUGCACGUCUCGCGCAGUGUCGAAAUAUCCGGUGCACGCGCUCAGGCACGCCCUGAUUCCACUGCAUCUAGCUGCGACUCGCAAAGGGGAAAUUCCGCCAACACUUCAAGAUGAACGUCUCAUUCUUUUGCCUUUUCUUGGCGAUGGCUGGAGCUGUGACACUGGCUUCGGGAGCAACCAUGCAGCCGCCCAAGAAAACAACCGUGGUUUCACAUACAAGUGUACCAAAGACCACCGGUCCACACUCCAUCGCGCCGAAGACGACCUCCCACCACACCACCGCAGCGCCUAAGACGACCGCCCAUCACACCACUUCAGCGCCCAAGACGACCUCCCACCACACCACCGCAGCGCCCAAGACAACCUCCCACCACACCACCGCAGCGCCCAAGACGACGGCCCAUCACACCACCGCAGCGCCCAAGACGACCUCCCACCACACCACCGCGGCGCCCAAGACGACCGCCCAUCACACCACAGCAGCGCCCAAGACGACCGCCCAUCACUCCACUGCGGCGCCGAAGACGACCGCUCGACGAUCCACCGCCCUACCUGGCACCACCUCUCAACACACGCCUGGAAAUAUUACCGAAUCCCCAAUAAAUCCAACCGGUGCACCUGGUAACACCACGUCCAAUGGAACCGGCUCUACCUUUGCCACCACCGAAGCAGCGGCCACUACCAUAUCCGAGCAAAGAAAAGUCAUACCUAGUUAUCUGGUCAGAAAUGGUACCGAUGUGUGUAUGCUGUUCGUCCUGAAUGCAACCUUGAUAAUCCAAUAUAACACCACGGACAAUAAGAGGGGCGAGGCAAUCAUUCACGUUGGCGGGGACUUCAACGCCACGGGAGCUGAGUGGACCGCUAACGGGUCGUUUUGCCGGUACGAGGUCCAGAGAUUUUUAAGCAUCAAAACACAGUACGACGUCCCCGGCUCCAACGCAUCUGGCUCAGUGGCACUGACUUCACAGUUUGUAAUCACUUCUCUCGAUGAAGUCUACUACGAGUUGGGCCUCCUCAGUGUGGGUUGGAAGUAUUAUGAGCCGUUCUUCCCGCGGAAUGUAGUGGAUUACGGAAAGGAAGCCAUUGGAGUUUUUCCAAAUGUUUACGAAGGCACAGUCGGGAAGACGUUUGGGUGCCAGACAAUGAGGUUCAGCCGUGGACCAGUGACACUCAUUCUAGAUCACAUGAUGUUCCAGCCUUACGCUGACUUUGCAAAUGGCACAUUCGGCGACGUGGAACAUUGCAAGGAGAAGCCCACGACAGCAAAUCCGUCCACCGAGGCGCCCACUGAUCAUCCGCCCACCAAGCCCAGCCCCAACAACGGGGGCAAGAUCGCUGGCAUCGUCAUUGGCGUGUUGGCCGCGGUCGUCAUCAUCAUCGGAGUUGCCGUGUACGUGGUGAGGAGGCGGCGGCUGAAGGGGAUAUCGUACGGAAAUCUCGAAAGCGACAAAGAUUACGUUCACUAAUAGAGGAAUUCUUCAAAUUGGGGUUAACUUUUCGCAACUGCUAGACCUCCCACUUUUAGUCAGUACUUAUUCGAUGGACUGCAUGCACUUACGAAACAGGGCGACCUCUAGUCAAGUAAAGAGGACUAGGGCCGUUUCCAAUACUCAACUUCGUCUCCGUCUCAUGCUUCGUUCCCAAAUCCAAUCCCUGAUUGUGGGCCUGAAGCGUUUA